CUAUUGAAUGUUCGCUUGUGCGUUAUAAAGGACUUACGAAGUAAAUAAAUAAAUUUAUUUGAAAAGUAACAUUUAGGCGAUUUAUUUAAGCGAUACAACCAUGAUUGUGAUUUGGAUAUAUAUGUCUGCUUUGUUUGAACUGACACAAUGCGCCGGUCAGUUCCGGUACGCGGUGAGGAACGAUGUGUACUCUCCUACCUUCUACCACGAGAAGGAUAUGGAACUGGUUGAUAACAACACUCUCGCCUACUAUAUGAACAAGGCGUGCGACAUGUACCCAGAAACGUUCACCAAGUAUGUUGCCACGUAUUUCCCGGGGUUGGGCUACUACAUCGAGUCCAUUAACAAUCAGGCUUCUAACUGGCAACAGGACAAGACCUACUGGCAGAUAAGGAAUGACUCCGGACUCUUGCCCCUUGGUGCGAGCAGUUAUGUACCAUCCAAUGGCGAGAAUAUAAUGUUCAACUUGACUGUGUUCGAACCAUUUCCGUUCCACGAAACGUUUAGCUAUACUGUCAACAAUGAAAUCAAUGUCCCCUACUUCAACCACUCCGUAGACUUAUUUAUCAUAGACGAAAAACCACUGGUUUAUUACAUGAGUACUGCUUGUAAGAAAUACCCGGAUGUAUUUACAAACUACUCGGCUACUUACUUUCCAACACUAGGCUACUUUAUCGACUCAAUAAACGGUUUGGCCGGCGACUGGGAUACUGAUAAGUCAUAUUGGAGAAUACUUAACUUCAGUCAACCUCUGUCUGUCGGAGUGAGUUCUUAUGUUCCAAGACCGGGCGAUAACAUCGUAUUUAACUUCACCCUAUCUGAAAAAGAGAAAGGUACGGACCAUGCAAAAACAACAGAGACUCCUUCCAACAUAAGCUCCAAUGCGCCAGUCGUUUUUUCGACAAGCACACGAGCAGCAACUACGACUACAACGGCUGUGAUGGGACCGAAGUUUAGAUACACAGUACGAAACAAGAUGGUGAAACCCUACUUUUCACAUUCCGUCCAACUGAGAAUUGAAGACAAACAGCCGCUGAUUUACUAUAUGGAGAAGGCAUGCGACAAAUACCCCAAGAAAUUUAAAAAAUUCUCCGUGUCGUACAAGCGACCUUUUAAUGGAUACUUUGUGGAUGCGAUCAAUGAGGUUUUUGGAAAUUGGUACAAGGAUGAAACAUUCUGGCUGAUUCAGAACAAGACAGGCCCAGUCGACUUAGGUGUGAGCAGCUACAUUCCCACUCCUGGCGAUGAAAUUACCUUUCGGUUUGUACACGGAUACGACUAUUUACCGAACCAUGACAAAACGACUCCAUCUCCGAACAAUUGCAACUGUUCCUGUAAGGUUCCAGCCGACGGCUAGCUUAUGUCAAUGAAGCCUAAUAUUGUAACACCUUUUGCUACGACUAUGGUUCAAACAUUAAAAUAUGAGACAAUAAUUAAUCUCGCGAUGAAAAUUAAAUACUUAUCUUAAACCUGUACUCCAUUUUGGGUUUUGAGGACCAGCUCUAUGGUCGUAUUCCUAAUGUCGAUCUUAUUGUCAUACAUCAAUGAUUACAUUCACAACAAAAGUUCGAUAUUUUUUCUCACACAAUCCGUUUAGCUGCAUCGAUCUUAGAUUUAGUUUAGACCAAUAUUGAAUACCCUACAUUGUCAAUUAGCUCGGUACAUGUCUCUGUGAUGGAAAAAAUCAACUUUAAUUUGACAUUGUUUCUUUUUUGGGUUCUGUCUGGGAAGCUUUUGGUUUUGUAAGCCUCCAAAAUACGGACAUGGGCUUGGCAUAACAAUUUAAAAAUGUCUUCCAUCAAUUAUAAUUGCAAAUUGAAACAAUGAAAAUAGCAGGGUAUACGUAAAUUAAGUCUGUGUUGAGAUUUACGAGUGUUUAAGACGGAUUUUCACCUAGUUAAUGGUCUAAAUAUUCCAACCGAAACAUGCCGUGCCGCAACAAAGUGAUUGGCUUUCAUGAACACUGGAUAUGAGAUAUGAGUGUGUUUUUGCAUUUGUAUGAAAUAAAAUAAUACUGUA